UGUUCUACGUGUUCCCUCAACAACAAGGCAAAAUGUUCUACCUUUAAUAUAUCGCAUUACAGGAACAUUAUACAACGUUCUGUCAUCUUAGAUCAUGAUGAAGUCUUCAAAAUGUUUUCUAAAUGUUGCAUUGAAGAUAUCCUUCCUUUGUAUCAUUAUGGAAAUGUUAUACUGUAGAACAUUGUUGUGUUCCCUCAACAAUAUCCCCAAAACAUCCUCACAACAUUCCAGGAAGGAUGUUCCACCUUUGUUCAUAUGUCACAUCACAACUAGGUUCAUACAAACAUCCUUGGAGGCCUUGAUUACCUUUGGGAAACGUUUGUAUUUUUAAUUGUUAGAUUGAGAACGUUCCUCAUUUGUUGGCAUGGAACACAAUCUAUGUUCCAGACAACAUUCCCUAAAUGUUGAUGAUAGAACAUCAUAAUGAUUUUAUAGGAACAACAUUGGUAAUUAAAAUAUUCUUAAAAAUAUUUUUUUCAAAAAAAAAAGAAAGAAAAAAGGAUCAGAACUAUUAACUAAUGUUAGCCAAUGUUGGGGGAACGUUUCCUGCCAGCUGGCACAUUACUAACUGUUUGUACAGUGUUUACACCGUUUGGUUUCUUUUGUUAGCAUCCACCUUAACGAAAUAUCUAAAAGACAAAUAUGAGUCGAGCAGCAUUUAAUGGAGCGUUGUUACGGAACACUUGAUGUAGAUGCAACUACAAGUUGCGCCAGACUAAGAAUGCAGAACCAGUUACCACACCGAACAUUGUCUAAUGGCUGUUUUCAAAACUGGUCAGAACAAGAAUUAUUGCUCCACACCUAAUGUGCAACAGAAAAUGCUUUCACUUCAGUAUCAGCCUUCCUGUGUCAUCUAUAGCAUAGUUCUACAAAUGGCCCAUAAGCAGGUUUACACUAGUCAUAGAUACAGAUUGUGUUUUGUAUGUUUUGCAGGUGGAUGUUUUGUCCUUGAGGAAGCAGUUCCACAUUUAGCAAACCCAAAUAUAAAGUUAAAAUAGAAGAAACAAAAAAAUGAAGUGACAGACAUCUGUCAUCAUUUGGUUGUCGUCACAUCAUCAAGUCCUCUUCUGGUUUCUGUUGUUGUUCAGCUCUGGUACAUAUUUUUUCUGCCUGCAUGACUUUAAAGCUGUAUUUUCUUCAUCAGUUUACAUAAAUGCAAAAAAAACAAAAACGCUCCUGCCUGGAUGUGUCUGCACUUGUGUCCUCCCUGUUCUCAUCAUAUGAAUUACGACUCCUUCAAACCAUUUACCAACUUUAGCCAUAAAAAAGGUGCACCCCAAAAAAAACAUAGUAAGGACAGAUAAGAACCUCUGAAAGUGAACUCAUGUUACAUCAGCAGCUGCAUUGACAUUUUAGGGCACACUGUACACAUCCACAUAUAAAUCCAAAUGUAAAUUCUUGGAUAAAUGAUCAAACCACAUCAGAUCCCCUCUUUCCUUCACACUGAACCACCUUCAGUUUGUGUACCAACUAAAUGGAUCUAUGGCAGGUUCUGCUCUACAAAUGAGAAUAUUCACAACCACAUACUUCCAGGCCAUAAGACUGCUUAACAAUUCCAAUCUACCUCCACUGAACCCCUUUUGUCCUCCUCUUAAUGCAAUGACUUCAUGCAAUCUUUGCACUACUGUAUUUGCACAUCUUGAACCUUUGCACCAUAAAUGUUCCACUUACUUUAUAUACAGGGGAUUUGUUGCACAUACUCAUUUGCACUUUUUUUUUAAGAAAAAGAUUUGCUUUCUCCUGGCAAAGCUGAACAUCAUGAAACACUUUGUCCUCAGGUUCAGAAACAGCCACAGAGAGCAGAGCAGCAGCAGAUUCCACAUCUGUUCCUGAGGACGUGACACAAGCACAAGACAUAAGGAUGGCCCUGCUGGGGAAAACUGGAGCUGGAAAAAGCAGCUUGGGCCAAACAAUACUUGGAGAGGCUGUGUUUAAUAUACAUCAUAGUGCAAACCCUGGAUCAAGUAAAUGUAAGAAAGAAACCAGACAAGUUGAUGGAGGAUUAAUCACUGUGAUUGAUACUCCUGGUUUCUUUGACAAUCGUAUGUCUGAUGAUAAGCUGAAGUCUGAGAUGAUAGAUUCUAUCAUAGAGUGCUCUGAUGGGCUUGAUGCUUUUCUCAUUGUAUUUAAAGUUGAGAGAUUCACAAAGCAUGAGAAUGAGGUUGUUUCCAAGAUAACAGAGUAUUUUUCUGAGGAAGCUUUCAAACACGCUGUAGUUGUCUUCACUCACGGUGAUCAGCUUCCAGACAACAUGAAGAUUGAGGAGUUUGUCCAUGGAAAUAAGUGUCUGUGUGAUCUCUUGAAGAAAUGUGGGAAUCGCUACCACGUUGUUGAUAAUAAGUACUGGAAUAACAACCAGCAGGAUGAAUACAGAAACAACAAGGUCCAGGUAGCAAAGCUGUUCGAUACAGUAAAACAAAUGGUGGAGAGUACAGGGCGCUACAUCAAUGAGAUGCUGCAAUCAGUGCAGAAAGCAAUACGACAACAGGUAGAGCGCAUUAGCUGGUCAUUAGCAGGCAUGUCACAAGAAGAUAUGUGGCAGCAGGCGAAGUGUAUUGUCUCAAAUUUUCUCAAGAAGGCAGCUGGCAUCACCACAGGAGUGUUGUUGGGAGCUUUACUGGGUGUACCAUUUGCGAUUGCAGCAGUUGUCGCAUAUCUUAAGAUAGUGCCAGUAGGUGUUGGAUUAGCUGUAGUUGCAGGAGUUGGUGCUGCUGCAGGCGCAGCAGUGGGAGGUUAUGUAGGACAUAAAGCAGCUGAUGAAGCAGACUCAGCAGGGGAGGCAGCAAAGAACACAGCUACGACUAUCAUCAAGCAAGACAAAGAAGAUGUGGAAAAGCCAACCAGCCAAAAAGAACAGCAAAGUGAGAUGGAAACGUUGCAUGAUUCAAAAAAAAAUAAUUAGAUUGCAGUUGAGCUUUGCACCACUCAGAUCAAAAUCCCCAUCUAGAGGAUUGUUUGGCUCUGCUGCCAUGAUGACACAUAAGUAUCAAGAUCAAAAUCAAUAACUGUUUGUGAGGCUUUAAACUGACGGCCUUUGUCCAUUUAUCAGCAUGUCUGUGUUCUACUGGUGACUCUGUUCACCUUGAUGAUGUUUUUAGGAUCCUUUAAGGAUUUUGUGGUUUAAUCAGAUCAUGUUGGCAUUUUCUAUUUUUCUACCUUCCUUGUCUCCAUGAUUGAAGCUUCUUUCUAGUCGUGUUUUUUCUUAUUAUCCAAUCAUGAAUACGUGAAGGAGAAUUUCACCUCAACACACAUUAUAUAUUAACUGUCUCCUCCUGCCAGGUGGAGUUUUAUGAGGUGUUGUUGAUGAUUUGGUCUCCUAGAAGAGGCUGAUUGUUCUCUGUGCAUCUGUAGGUUUAUUGUCAGUUACUGACAUAAGCAACAAGGAGGAGGAGAUCUUUAACUCCUGUUCUUAGAUAGAAAAUGACAUAUGUUGUUGGAACAGACUUUUAAAUCUAUAUAGGGGUGUUUGAUCAUCACUGCAUUUAAUUAGUAGUUUAAAAAUGGUACUUAAUGAUAUUAAUAAUAGAAUCCACAUUAAAGUGCUUCUUUUUCUGAUUAAAGUAUUUUGUGGAUGUAAUAAAGUCUUUAUAAAACCCUCAGUAAGAUGUUUCUUUCAAUAUCUUUAGUCAAGGUGUAUCAUAUAGUCAUGGUUUGUAAAAUGUUUAGCAAUGUAAGGACAAAGUAUACGUAUGAGUUAUGAGAAGUAACUGAGUUUGGAUUAUUAAAAGCUUAAAAAAACAGUUAUUACACUGGAUGUAGAUUUUCUGUGACUUGUAAUGAAAGAUGAUGUUUUUCUUUGGUCUUUUAAAACUUAAUUUAACACGUGAUGUUUUUGCUUCACAAAUGCAGAUGUACUAAUCCAAAUGUUCAAUUUCAUCAUCAAGAGUGUUUGUAAUGACAGUUCUUUGCUUUAACUUGCUUUUAUGAAAUACAUUUUGAUUGCACAAUCACCA